AUGUUAGGAUACUGGCUCGCAUUUCCCACCUUGCUUGUGGUAGUUGAACGAGGUUACCGAUUUUUCCUGGGCUUCCAUCACGUACCUGCGGAGAUGACAAUUCUUGAUGCAGACACUGUUUCUAUUACAACCACUUUACCGAGACGAGGCAUAUGGCCCUAUAAAGCGGGACAAUACGUUCUUGUCCAAGUGCCUCAGAUUUCACUCUUUCAAUGGCACCCUUUCACUAUCUCUUCCUGCGUCGACAACGAAAUAAAGAUACACAUCAAAACAGACGGGAAUUGGACCAAGAGUUUGCGGAAAUUGCAGAACGGUCAAAAGCUACGAUGCGUAGGGAUCGACGGUCCCUUUGGUGCGCCUGCACAGCGCUUCUACGAAUUUGAUCAUACUAUCAUCAUCGGCUCCGGGAUUGGCAUUACACCUUUUGCCGGAAUUUUAACAGAUCUCCAGAAUAAAUGGAACCGACAUCGAGGGGGCGAUGUGCCCUCCCUGACUGAAUCUAAACCAGGCCAGACAGUUGUUGGUUUAGGUCCCACACGCCACGCAAGCCAUGCACGAAUGCAAUCUGCGAAGGAUGGCGUCGAUUUUGAUAAAAAGCGAACAAUUGAGUUGCACUGGAUUGUUAGGGACCACAAUCAUCUUCUAUGGUUCUCUGAUCUUCUUAACAGUCUACGAUGUUCAACUGCCGACGAGAUUAUUCACAACCCAAAGUUGAAUAUUCGAAUUCAUACGCAUGUGACUCAAAAGCGGAGGGACAUCUGCACACAUGUAUUCCGAUAUCUACUGGAAAAUCACCGAACAACAGAGCAUCCUGCUUCACCACUUACUGGCCUUAUCAAUCCAACUCACUUUGGUCGACCUUGUCUAUCAACAAUUAUGGAGGAACACUACAAUCUAAUGCAGGUUUCUGCCAAAGAUACAGGCCGGAAAGUAAAGAUCGGGGUGUUCUUCUGUGGUUCACCUACACUGGGUUAUGAACUCUCAGAAAGGUGCAAGUUGUUGACGCAGCGGGGAUACGAAGACAGGUCUCGUAUCGAGUAUCACUUCAUGAUGGAAGUGUUUUGA